AUGGUACGAGAAAACUUCAGUGUCCUUGACAUAGUCCGUAUAGUGGGCGGUAUUUUAUUCUUCAACGCUUUGUUAUCAUACUGGUUUACAUCCAGUGCAACAUGGGGGUAUCACGGUAAAUAUAUCGAUUGGAGGUUUUGGCGCCACACGAUAUUAGAACGGGAAUUACAUCUUAGUUUGAACGAACUAUCUUCUUACACUGGCGAAGACAAUGGACGAAUACUCCUCGCAAUCAAUGGCAGCAUGUAUGAUGUAACAUCCAAUAGAGCUGUCUAUGGUCCUAAAGGAUCAUAUCAUAAUUUAGUUGGCAAAGAUGCGGCUCGAGUCUUUGUCACGGGAUGUUUUAUGAAACCAGACGAGUACACUUAUGAUUUAAGAGGGUUGGAUAAAGAGGAAUGUGAAAAGGAUAUUGUGGGAUGGCAGCGGUUUUUCCGAACCCAUCGAGAUUAUUGGUACGUGGGGAAUGUUGAGUUGACUUUUGAUUUUAUCAAAGAGGAUCCACCAAGCCCGUGCACGCAUAUGAAAUUCCCCGGACGCUCAUAA